UUGGCUUAUCUUUUACAGAGCGCACAAAUCAUCUCAAACCCUAUCAUAAAGCAGGAAAAGCUUUGACCUUUUGUGGGCAAAAAAUUGGAGAAAGAAAGGAAUGAGUGUAGCAGUAGCAGAGAAGGUGGUGUGUGUGACUGGAGGAGCUGGGUACAUUGCAUCGUGGCUGGUGAAGCUCUUGCUCCUCCGUGGGUACACUGUUAAAGCCACCCUUCGCAACCCAGAUGAUCCAAAGAAGACAGAACAUUUACUUGCACUUAAGGGAGCUAAGGAAAGGCUCCAUUUGUUCAAAGCAGACUUGCUAGAAGAAGGAUCUUUUGAUUCUAUAGUUGAAGGAUGUGAAGGUGUCUUUCAUACUGCAUCCCCUGUCCUGCUUGAAGUCACCGACCCAAAGGUAGAGUUAAUCGAUCCUGCUGUGAAGGGAACACUCAAUGUUCUUAGAUCAUGUGCAAAGGUUCCUGCUAUCAGAAGAGUGGUAGUAACAUCAUCCAUUGUUGCAGUAAUAUACAAUGGAAAACCUCUAACCUCCGAUGUGAUAGUUGAUGAGACCUGGUUUUCAGAUCCAGCUUUUUGUGAGGAAUCAAAGCUUUGGUAUGUGCUUUCAAAGACGCUAGCAGAGGAGGCUGCUUGGAAAUUUGCAAAAGAACAUGGGAUUGACUUGGUUACAAUGAAUCCUGGGGUCAUGAUCGGUCCUCCCCUACAGCCAACAAUCAAUUUGACUAUGGAGAUAAUUCUGAACAUGAUAAAUGGUAAUACAUUUCCGAGUUCAACUUACAAAUGGGUUGAUGUCAGAGAUGUUGCUAAUGCACAUAUUCAAGCAUUUGAGAUUUCUUCAGCUAGUGGAAGAUAUUGCAUGGUUGAGAGAAUAACAUACCGCUCCGAGGCCAUCAAGAUCUUGCAUGAACUUUACCCUGCCAUCCACCUUCCUCAGAAGAGUGCAGAUGAUGAGCCUCUUGGGCCAACCUACCAGAUAUCCAAGGAAAAAGUGAAAAGUCUGGCCAUUGACUUCAUCCCUCUUGAGAGAAGAAAAGGAAUGAGUGAAGCAGUAGCAGAGAAGGUGGUGUGUGUGACUGGAGCAGCUGGGUUUAUAGCAUCCUGGCUGGUGAAGCUCUUGCUCCUCCGUGGCUAUACUGUUAAAGCCACCCUUCGCAACCCAGAUGAUCCAACCAAGACACAACACUUACUUGCUCUUGAAGGAGCAAAGGAAAGACUUCAUUUGUUCAAAGCAGACUUACUGGAAGAAGGGUCUUUUGAUUCUAUAGUUGAAGGAUGUGAAGGCGUCUUUCAUACUGCAUCCCCUGUUCUGCUUGAAGUCGCCAACCCAAAGGUAGAAUUAAUCGAUCCUGCAGUGAAUGGAACACUCAAUGUUCUUAGAUCAUGUACAAAGGUUCCUUCUAUUAGAAGAGUGGUAGUAACAUCUUCCAUUGUUGCAACAAUAUUCAAUGGAAAAACUCUAACCCCUGAUGUUAUAGUUGACGAGACGUGGUUUUCAGAUCCAGCUUUUUGUGAGGAAUCAAAGCUUUGGUAUGUUCUUUCAAAGACUCUAGCAGAGGAGGCAGCUUGGAAAUUUGCAAAAGAAAAUGGGAUUGACUUGGUUACAAUGAAUCCUGGGUUCGUGAUCGGCCCUUUCUUACAGCCAACAAUCAAUCUGACUAUGGAGAUAAUUCUCAACUUGAUAAAUGGAGGAGCUCAAACAUUUCCGAGUUCAACUUACAGAUGGGUUGAUGUUAGAGAUGUUGCCAAUGCACAUGUUCAAGCAUUUGAGAUUUCUUCGGCUAGUGGAAGAUAUUGCUUAGUUGAGAGAGUUACGUACUGCUCCGAGGCUAUCAAGAUUUUACAGGAGCUUUACCCUGCUCUCCACCUUCCUCAGAAGAAUGCAGAUGAUGAACCUCCUAUGCCAACCUACCAGAUAUCCAAGGAAAAGGUGAAAAGUCUGGCCAUCGACUUCAUUCCUCUGGAGGUGAGCUUGAAGGAUACCAUGGAGAACUUGAAGGAGAAGAACUUCAUCAAGCUAUGAAUCAUGGAAUUUACAGGCAACUCAUUCAGACGAUGAGAUCAAUGCAAGUGAAAGGU